UAGGACGCUUCAGUUGGAAGAGGAGAGGAGAGCGCAGCGCUCCACGCUCUCUUCAUUUAUCCUCCACUUGUGCUGCUGCGCUCCACACCGAGCCCGCAGCUUUCUGCACCAUCCAUCUUUAUUUCUUCUAUGAACCCAUGAGACACGAUCAAGAUAAAUAUGACAUAAUUAAAGUCGCGGCUCGCUGCGUACGGAUGGUUUUCAUUCCCCUGUCUCCUGGUGGGUUUCUCUCUUGUCUGUUUCCCUCGCCGAUCAGUCUGUGGAAUGGUCUGCGUUUUCUCCCCUGGGUCGUGUCCACUUCAGCAUGGGAACUGCGGUGUCCAAAAGGAAGAAUCUGAGGAGUGACGCGAUAUCUUCCGUGGCCGCAAAAGUUCGAGCAGCCCGCGCAUUCGGGGAAUACCUGUCCAAUACCAAUCCAGAGAACCGCAACGGAGCAGAUCAUCUAUUGUCUGAUACUUUUCCUGGACAGGACUGCGACUCUCCAGACGUCAGCCGCUUGCAUAACAACAAUCUGCCACCACAGAGCCGCUGUUUGCCUGUAGCUAAGCCCAACCACUCCAACCAGUCCAAUCCCAGUUCUCACCCACAGUCUCAGACUCAGGUCAACACCCUCCAAGCUCCGGCACCCCAGGGCCCCUCCAAACGCCGACUCUCUGUCGAGCGCAGCCUCUCCACAGAGGACCCACCAGGUGUUAAGGGCCCAGAAGGGAGCGUUGUUGUGAAGCCGGCCAGGGUGUAUACAAUCACCAGGGAAGGAGGGAUGACCCUGGGGGGCCGUGGAAGUGAGGAGAGUCUGGAGCUAGAGGUGCUGAAGGGCUCCAGGGAGCAGCCUCUUUCCCAGGCCCCCGUCGCUGCCAACCACAGCGUGUCCUGCACCAGCCAGCCGUCGGCCUCAGCUACCCGGGGCAGCCACCACCGCAGCAGUCAUCACCGCAGCAACCAUCACCAUGCCCACCAGAAUCACGGAGGCCCACCCUCGUCGUCUCAACCACUGCAGAGCUCGGAGAGCGCCAGCAACAUCCGGGACUGGGGGAUGAGGAGAGGGGGAUCACGGGAAGACAACACCCCAGACUGUGUUGGCUGCAUUCGGGCUCCGUGUCAAAGCCAGCGCUCCCUGGACCUGGAUACGUCUCCACGGGAUGGAGGGAAGCAACGCAAGAAACUGGAGAGGAUGUACAGCGAGGAUAGAACAUCUACUGAUGACAGGGAGGACAAUCCUAAUAGCUGGUUCCCCAAAGAGAAUAUGUUCAGCUUUCAGACAGCCACCACCACCAUGCAGGCAAUAUCGGCUUUCCGAGGCAUUGCUGAGAGAAAGAGGCGGAAAAGAGAGCAGGAGGCAGCCACCAUGAUGGAGAGAAACUUCCGCAAACACCUUAGGAUGGUGGGCAGCCGCAGGAUGAAGGUCCAGACCUUCGCCGACCGCCGAGCCAAGAGCUUCAGCCGCUCGUGGAGUGACCCCACCCCUGUGAAGCCUGAGUCACUGCAUGACUCCAGAGACAGUGGCGAGCUUCAGACCUCCUCAGGGACUCUGGAUGAAGGGCUGGACGAGGAUGCCGACUGGGAGGAGGAGAGGGAGAUGGAGAGAGCGGCCUGUGAAGGAGAGGACUUCAUUCCGCCGAAAAUCAUGUUGAUAUCAUCCAAGGUCCCGAAGGCUGAAUAUGUCCCAAACAUCAUCCGUAGGGAUGACCCCUCCAUCAUUCCCAUUCUUUAUGACCAUGAACACGCUACGUUUGACGACAUCCUCGAGGAGAUAGAGAAAAAGCUGACUGCUUACAGGAAAGGCUGUAAAAUCUGGAACAUGCUUAUUUUCUGCCAGGGGGGGCCUGGACAUCUGUACCUGCUGAAGAACAAAGUGGCCACCUUUGCCAAGGUGGAGAAGGAGGAAGACAUGAUCCAGUUCUGGCGGCGGCUCAGCAGGCUGAUGAGUAAGCUGAACCGGGAGCCUAACCUCAUCCACAUCAUGGGAUGCUAUGUGCUGGGGAGCGCUAAUGGAGAAAAGCUUAUCCAGACUCUGAAGCGGCUGAUGAGACCCUCGUCGGUUGAAUUCAAGUCCCCACUAGAGCUGUCAGCGCAGGGCAAAGAGAUGAUCGAGAUGUACUUUGACUUCCGCCUGUUCCGCCUGUGGAAAAGCCGUCAGCACUCCAAGCUGCUGGACUAUGACGACCUCUUGUGACAUCGCCCAGUGUUCUGGCGGCUUGUCGGGCCGGUUGUCACGAGUCUGAGCCUGCUGUUUAACGGUGACAGGGCGUUUGGUUGAAGGGCCUCCCCCUCCUGAGAAGCUCCUGGACCGGCUCUGUGUGGCUGAGCUGAAGCAGCAGCAGCAGCAGCAGCAGCAGCUGUCGGGUCUGUUUUUUUAAGCCCUCCUGGAGUGUCAGGGCGUGGCCCCGUAGAUUCAGCCAGCGGUGUUCUUUUCCUUCCUCACCCAUUUUCACUUUCUGCCUAUUUCUCAGAGAAAAGAGAAAGAAAGGGACAAGAAAAAAGGAGGAGAAGCAAGUGACCCAUCAUCCUAGCCUAAAUGUGUCAAAGAUGCUAGCUAGAGUUAGAUUGCUGAUUUCAGAGGGGAUGUUAGAUGCAAGAAUGACAGUGGAGAACAGGAAGAACUCAUUUCUGAGCUUAGAGACUAACAGAUUUUCUUUCUUUGGCUUAACUUUAGUCAACCUAUCUGCGCUUCUAAGAUGGAGGCUAAUACACAUGGUUGUAUCUUCUUUGUCAGGUGUGGACAUUAUUUACAAGGGAAGUAGAGCUUAUAUGUAAAUAAACAAGUGCUUAAUGGAGCAUUAGAGAAUAGAUUUCCAGCCUCUCUCUCCAUGCUGUCACGUGUAAAUGUAGACAUUGAAGUAGUCUUAUUAAAAAUUAGAGGUCUCUUUAACACCUUUUUUUUUAACACUGCAAAUAAAUGUGUUUCGUACUGACUGUUGUAUUAACUCAGGUUAAAUCCCUUGUUUUCUACAAAGAAUUGUACUACAACAUACUGUAGACCAGAAUUGAAAGCCUUCACACUCCACAUAGAGUCAUCUUCUUCAGAGCAACCGUCAGGGAUGCCGUGUCUUUACUUGUGUGUAGAGGACGGAUCUUUUCUGCAUUUUCAUGGUCAGCUGUAGCCUAUCAGACAGACGUAUCCAUGCAUGACUCAUAACAUUACAGCGCUUGGACCCGCUGAGCCAGCACUAACUAUACUUUAUUGAGCUGUUGAUAGCGGGUGCUAAGCCUUUAUUAUUAUUAUUACUGUUUUUUGUUUUUUUUAAUACUCGUGUGUGUUAGUAUUGCAUGUGUGCCCAUAGUUUCCUUACAUAGUUGCUCUGCAAAGAUGAUGUAGGAGGAAACUAUGACACCAGGCUCUUUACAGUGACUUUAUUAGGCAAAAACACGUAGUGCAUAUGUCAUAACAGCUUACUCACAUAGUCAAAUAGUCUUUUAUCUAAGAAUGAACUUGAAUCACUCAAAGUAGCAAUGGAGGUGUUGAGGCAGUAUUUUCCUUACUUUUGUUCCUCCUCCUCACCACCGAACUCUGAUCUGUCUUUCUGUUAAUAUACUCUUAAAACUUGUGCCCUCACUUUAAUGAUUUUGUCAGUGUGUUGGUGACUCCAAAUGUUAUCCUUGCCAUAAACAUUUCUGGCAUUUGUUGACAUUUUAUAAUGUGAAAUGACAUGUAUUGUGUUGACAUAAACAAGGUGCGCUGCAGCAAUUUGAUGCGCUUCCCUAAAGUUGGAGGACUUAAGCAAGAUGUACUGAAGAAAGGAUGGGUUCAAUCAGAACAGCUGACUUUUAUAUUGUAGUGUUGCUUCAGCAACGCUGGACCCUACAAUUCACAUACUGCAACUCCCUUUAGUCGAUAAACGCCUGUCAAACUUUUGUGAAGCCCAAGCUGAGUAACCCUGGUAACGUCUGACACUGUGUCAUUGUGAGCCAUAUUACACAUCAUACAACUGUUCAUGACAUUAACUGAUCUUUAUGUGUAUGAAAAAUAUUUUCACCAGAGAGGUGUCAGACAGUCUGACACAACACUGUCAGUGUGUAACCCACUGUAGAAGAAAAGUCUAUACUUAUUUGAUGCAUUAUUAUCAUAUUAUCGGCUCAACCUGUAUUUAUUGAAGAGUAAUUCUAUUUUUGUAAAGCAAGCCAUCACCCCAGUGUAUUGGAGAUCCACUAACACUCACACUAAUGUCAGAUAUAUAACUGCAGCAUAAAGUUACUUUUAACCAACGGUAGACUUUUUGUGUUUGUGUGUAGGGGCGCUGUUAUAAAACUGCUUGUGUUAGUGCUUAAUAAAUGUUGCCUCAGAUACGAUGAGCGACGUUUAGAUUGCUGCAGCUCGAGGUUUUGCUGAAGUGGUCAUGUCUUCUAUUAUACACCAUCCUGCCCUCUGCAGAUACGCAGCAAAUGUCCUCAGAAAUAUGACAGAGUGAAGAAAAAGUGAACGCUUUAUUUGCUACUUUCUUCUUCAGUGUUACUUAGACAAAGGUUUAUGAAAGGUUUUCCAUAUAGUACAGUUAUAAAAGAUGGUGUCACUAAUCCAUAUGUGCUUCCUUUGUAUCCAAGCUUCCCCCAGCCUGUUAAUGUGUUUUACGUUGCAACCAUGGAUGACUGAGUCCUUUCACUGUUCUUUGUAUAUUUGCGCCAUGGUGGUUGUGUGUUGUUGCUGCUUCCUGAUCCAUGCAGGUCAAGUGAGUUGGAAGAAGCGUGGAGUAUUUAAAGUAGCUCUUAGCUUGAAGGACACAGAAGAGGAUUCAGAUGCCGACAUUUUUCAUCUUAAUGUGUCCAUGAGGUCAUACGUGCUCCAUAAGGAGAGCCAUGGCUGAACGUGAGACAUGGAGGCACCUGGCAUGUUUCCUCAUCGCUUGAUAUAUAUGUAAAACAUUAAAUCUCAGCGAGGCUAGUCUUAAAACAAGUAUUUUAUAGUGGAACUCCUUUAUAGCCGGGGCAAUAAUCACUGCUACUGCAGGGAGUGUGUCAAAAAAGAGGUUGCGCUGUUUUAUCUGAACAGGUUUAUAGACUGAAGCCCUUUAAGUGCAUGAAAAACAACAAAUGAGCUAUUUUCCUCAUUAGCAUCGUUACCAUUUGCAUUAUCUGCUUCUAGUCAACUACACUGGCUUCAUAUAAGAAACAAAAUAUUGUCUCAUAAUUAUGACUUACUAUCCGAUCAUUACCAGGUUGUGAGAAGAGGUUAAGAUGUCAUCAGUAUCUCACUUCCACUACCUCAGUUAGCCCGCUUUUAUCUCAUCUUUGGUUUGCAAAAUGUGACAUUAAACUAGUCUUCUCUUGUAUGAAUGACCAGAAGUAAACUCUAAUAUUUAAGAGUCUAGAAAUAAUCUAUGAAUUAAACUAAUUUACUGUUAGUUCUGUUUUGUCUUAUUUGACAUUUUUCACACUAAAACUUACUUCCUGUUUUUAGGACACCUACAUGCACCCAACCCUUUGGAUGUACAUAGUGUCUUUAUCUUUGUUCCUCUGCUUGAAAAGCAGCUUUGAAAAGCUCUAAAAAGUAGCACUUUUAAAAUAACAAACUACAUUAAUUGUACAAAAGGAAUUACAACAAAUUUCCAUAACUCCAUAACUUUUUUUUAAUAUGGUACUGUAUCUUGUAAGUAUGGGAGAGUUUUCUCAUGGAAUCUCAUAAUUAAGAAAGAAUGAGUCAUAAUUUUAAGCUGUAAUAGUUGAAAUAAGGUCUCUCAUAUAUGUUUGCUUUGCCGAAUACAUUCCUCUUCUCCAUUUACUGUGACUAUUGUGAGUGCUUAUGUUGUCACCUGUGCUUAUUCAUACAUGUUGCUGCAUAGUUAUGCCACCAAGUAGCAUGGGUCACGGAUCAUUUGAUGUAACCACUGUAACAAGGCCUUGUUAUUUUCAUGGUCCCACUAGAUAACAAAUCAGUAACAGGUCCCGAAAUGAGUUAGUCCAUGCAGCGUACUUUAAAUUCUCAAAGGAUUUCUGGGUUCUUGAAUUACCUCAACUGCAGAGAGAGAGAGAGGGCUUUAUUUGUAAAAGAUUGCUACACUUAUUUAUUAGCAUUUGUUUCUUAUGUUUUAGUAAAAAGAUCUUGUUUUCUGAACUGCUUGCAGUUUCAUGCCCUUAAUAUAGAAUCAAACCUGCUCUUAUCACAAUAUUUUACAUUUUUACUGAACAGAAAUUUUGUUUAAUAUUGAACUACAGUAGUGUCCAAAGCCUCCCAGGUGCUCUGAGGCAUAAACUCCUGCUUUUUUUUAUUUCUUGAAUUUGUUACAUCUGCAAAAAGUGAAAAGUUGAACUGAUGAUAACCUGACAUUGCUCAAAAUCUCAAAACAAACAAACAAACAAAAAAAAAAAUGGUUCUAUUAAUUGAUAUGAAUGCUGUGCCGGAAGUUAGUUUGCCUUCAGGACUUUCUGUCAGAAAGCCUAUAGGAUGUCAAGUGAGGUAGUAAAAAGAGCAACAUAUUCCAUGUGAGGAGGUGGUUGUUUGAAUUAAUGGAUCAAACACAACAUGGACCUCCACCCAGAAAGAACAGGCUAUGAGUCAGCGUUAACCAUUCACAAAAAUCCCUGAUGGCGAACAUCUAGACCAGGUACUCCUUUCACAGUUUUUCACACAACGUGUAACUGCCUAUACUGCCCAGACCCUCUACUAUAAGUUUGGAUCAUUUGAAUUGUUUGAAGUGUUUUAUAUUAACUGUGUACAACCCGGUGGAUUUAGUUCAUUCACAGUAUUGAUACCGACCUCACAGUUAAUGUACCCUCUGUUCAGACAUAGAGCUUUUUAAGGUUCCUUUUGGUCGUAUUUUCUCUCCUGAGUGUUUUUGGAUGUAUCACGUGAGCUUGUCACUGUCUUUUGUGCUCUAUGAUCUCUUUGCUUGAACAUAAGAUCUGACCUUAAUGAGUGUUGUACAUUUUUUGACUUUCUUUAAACACCAUAUUCUUUCCAAAUAUUUAUUCUGUAGCAAUAUACGGUGUGAGAAACAUUCUGUAUGGUUUGUAUGUACACUAUAGAGAAGUGUCCAAGAUGCUGUAUUAGUCUGUAAUACAUUUGGAUUGGACUGAGUAUUGAUUGACAGUGGUGAUGGACAGAAGCAAAGACAGACACUGCAGAGCAGUGUGCUCACCGAUUGGCUCCUUUAUAUUCUGCUGCAGUGCAGUGUGUCUCUACUCAUGCAAGACUCUUCUGCUUUCUCCUCUGCUGUGUGCUGAAGUAAAGGCCAAACCACAGAGCCUAAUCGCACGCCUGCACAGUUCUUGUAAAUGCAUCUUAAGACAGUAUAUUCAAUCUUGUUGCUGUGUUGGAUUUAAUUGCAAACUCAAAACUGGCUCAAGCUUGAUGGAUUUCUAAUGAGUUUUCUGAUCACAACGAAAACAAAGAGCGUCCUUACUGUACUGGAUAUCCAUUAUCUGCCGUCGGGCACAGCAGAUUCUCUUACCUGUCAAGCGGGAGGACAAAGCAUCAGUAGCAACAUGAUGGAAGAGCUCAGUGGAAAACUACUUGUAAGCUGUAUAAUUAGUAGUUAUGUUUUACACGGAAAAAAUACUAUGAUAGGAAAAAGAAAGAGAGACUUCAUCCAGGAACAAGAUCACCUGAUAAAGCUUGGGCUCAAGUUUUGCUUAAAAAGGAGAGAAUAUAUCUUAUUUGGAGAAUCGGUGAUUUCUCUCCUUUAUCAAUUGUGUUUAAAAACAGUGAAUAAAAUAGCGGGAGGUUCAACAGGAAAACAGCUCCAACUGGCAUCAAAUAGGGGACGCUUGAGUCUGGCACAGUUUAAAAGCCAUUUUGGAACCAUUCACUCAUCCACUGAUCUUAAAAUGUGAUGUACAUUAUCAUUAAGGAGCAAUCAAACCUGGUCUUAAUGACAGUAGUGUGAAUUUUGAACUACAGUGUGCACAAUUAAGUUUAAAUAUUACUCUAGGCCUGCUUAAGUGCUCUGAACUAAGUACUUGAAUUGGAAUUCCGAUUUCAUGCUGGUCCCUGAAAGCAACCCCUGCAGUCUUUAUAGCCCACCUGCUAUGUUUAGCAUGAAGGAUCGGUGAUGUUAUGGAAAACUAAAAGAGGAAUCUUAGACUUUGUAAAGUUACAGAGGUAGCUUUAGUCUUUGGAAUGCUGUUCCUAUUUUAAUGAUUUCAUGUUUAAUCCUGAACAGUUAAGCUAACAGACUCCCAGACAAGGGUUGAAGCAAAAAGAAACGUGUUCUUUGUGAUCACUAACUCUAACAAAAUCCAAGGUAUAUAUACUCGCAUCAUCAUUACAUCAAAUCAGGAUUUCCACUUACUUGAUCACUUCCAGUGUUUUUACUUCUGUUUUGGGAUUCACCAACUCUUGAGGUAUAUGUCAAACUCCACUAACGUGGAAUUUAAUGCGCUGUCGCUGCAUUUGUCUCUCUGCCACAAGUCAUGACAUACCUGUCAGCAAAUAUCCGUCACCAAAAAUAACGAGCUGGAGGGGGGGCUGCAGUGUCAUGUGAUCAUACUCUGUGUGUUUCUUGUUAAGGUUAAGAUUUAGUGUGAUUUUAGGGUAAAAAGUAAGCACUGAUGUUCAUACGAGUAAUGGAGGAAGCAGGAGAGCUCAACCUUGGGAGUCAAGGGGAGAGUCAUGCUCUGACAGCUCUGGCAGUCUUUUUUUGGGUGAGGGCAACGAUAAGACAAAAGACAAACGCUGGCACAAAAAGAUAACUCAAAUGUCAACAGGCUCUUUAGCGAGCUGAGUGAUGGGUUAAUAUUAGUGCAAAUCCUUUCCAGUGAAGCUGCCCGAGAAAACACACACAGUUUGACUUGUGGUGCUGGUUCAUUGAAGCAGCUAUUUCCAUUUCCAGAGAGUAUAAUUACACGAAUCAAGAGACUGAUCUCUACCCAGAUACCCUCUCCUGUUCUUUUUCAACUGAAACAGUUUGUCCUGUUGUGACCAGAAGACGGUACAAAUUAAUAUUAAGCAUUGUUGUGCCCUCCCUGUUGCUGCCUCAUUUUUCUUUUCCUUUUCCUUAGUGGAGAUUGCCAGGGCUCAGUUGGCAGCGUGAUUGAGCUUGAUGAGGAUGAUGGAUUGAUGCUGCUUUGAUUGCCCUGACAGUCGAGCCGUGAUUGUAUUUUGGGAAGAGUGAAAAAUAAUGUGUUUGUGUGAUGUCUGUUUCACUUUGCAUCAACUUGUAGGUCAUCUAACUGAGCAUUACUUUUUUUAAUAGAUUUUAUAGACAGUAGAGACUGUAGGGGUGAUUUUAUAAUAAGGCUCCAAAAACAGACUCAUCACGUGUCUUGAUAGAGAAAAAUGUGUGUUUUAUGAAAGGUAUAAUAGCAAAUAACAUUACUAUAUAUCUGGUGAUUUUGAUAAUAGUAAAAGUUAAAACUAUGUCUGGGUAGCUUCCCUAAGCUUUUGGGUUCUUCCUUAGAAUAGAUAUUAUAGAUGGAGCUUUAAUCCAAGGUGGAAAGUUGUUGUAUCUGAACUAAUAGCAAAGAAAUGUUGUUACACUACACAAUGUUGGUAAUAACCUGUGAGAAAAAAAAAUGUUUAUAAUGAUUUUUUUUUUGCAGUAAACCAUAGUCCUACACAG